CGCAUGCGUUUGCGCAAUGCGCAUCAGGAUUACAGUGAUGAACUUUCCAUUCAUUAUUGUGAAUUUAAUUCAUUUAAUUUAAAGUAGUGAACAAAUUAAUGAAUGUGUAAUAUGUAUCGCUUAUAAUGAGGUUAGUUUUUGUAUUGACAGUCUGUGCAUAUAUUUCGACAAAAUUUGCCGAGUCCUUAAUACUUUCGGCUACAAAUAAAACACCGGAAAUACAACAGGAAUACAGACCCGAGGGUCCUUUAGUAUUGUGUAAAUUUUUACCCAGAGAAUUUAUUGAUUGUGAGGAACCGAUAGAUCUCAAGGGAAAUAAAACUGCAAAAGAGGAAACUGGUCUUGGCUGCGUAAAAUUCGGUGGUGCUCGUUGGGAAGAUGUGGAAAAAACAAAAGUGUCCUGCACAGUUUUACCAGACAUUGAAUGUUACGGAAGCAGGCACUUUUAUCGUGAGGGUGUGCCUUGCAUAAAAUACAGUGGACACUAUUUUACAACAACUCUCUUGUACAGUAUACUUUUAGGUUUUCUCGGCAUGGAUCGGUUUUGUCUCGGACAAACCGGCACUGCUGUAGGUAAAUUAUUAACUUUAGGUGGCUUAGGAAUUUGGUGGAUUGUCGACGUUAUUCUAAUAGUAACGAAUUCAUUACUUCCCGAGGAUGGAAGCAAUUGGAAUCCUUACGUUUAGAAUUAAUUAACAUUCUGUUAAUUAAUUAAUGAAUAUUUUGUAAAUAAAAAUUUCUUUU